AACCCAAGAAGAAAAAGAAGAAGAAGACGUCUCUUCCGCUUAAUACCGGAAGAGGCGCCAAAAUUGAAAUUUAUUUAUUUCUGCCGACGUAGAAACGACAAAACAAACGGCCUUUGAAGGUCUGACGUCGGUUUCAGAGUAACUGAGUGCGCUUUUGCUGGUGUCAGACUUUUGCCUGAAAAUGGACUCGACCACACAAUUCUUCAGCAAGCUGAAAAAGCUGGCAGUGACUCUGGAAUCUGAGACUGCCAAACUACAGCUCGCAUUUGAAAACCGCAACAGCGGCGACGACGACGACGACAGCGAAAAGACAGCCAGAGCGAUGCGAGCCUAUCAUGAAGUGAACUGUGACGUAGGGAACCUGAAGGGACAGAUCCAGGAUGCCCUGGCUCAGCAGAAAGCAAAGAAUAAUGAGGCCAGCAGCUUUAUUAAGGCUUGUAGAGUAAUGGAGCAGAGAGUCUUCAAGGACAUCGAGAGGCUGAAGAGACACUGCGAGAACUAUGGUUACCAAGCUCCCUGUGACACCCAGAGAUCAACCAAGCCUAAAGAUAAGGCGGAGGAGGCUAAAGAUGAAGAAGCAGAUGACGACUCAGUAGAAGAGGAAAGUCAGGAGGAGGAGAAUGGAGGGAAUCCUUCCUCAAUGGCUCCAAAACCAGAGCUGCCCAACACUGAUGUGCUGCGAACUCCGCAGCUCUCUGAUUUUGGUUUGUCUGAACUGCACCUAAAGAGAGUUCUGGCUGGGACUGAGUGGUGUUCAGAAGUUCCCCCAAUGCCUGAGAUGAACCUUCCUCACCCCUCACUCGAAACAUCUGUACCAUCGCCCAUGCCCAUUACCCCCAAAUGUAACCUGCGAAUGGAUGACUACGAACUCCAAACACCCCAGAUGCAUGACUUUGGCAUCACAGAGCACACAAUGUGUCUGAACAAUGACUUCACCAUGAAUCUGUUCAAGAAGGCUGAGAAGCGCCCAAGACCAUUACGGGACACAACUGAACCACCAGUGAACGCUUUAAUAGACAGUUUGCAGACAAAAGCUGAAAAGUUGGAAUCACCAGAGCCGCCUGUGUUUUGUACCCCGGGGUUCAAGAUCAAAAAGACAAACAGUCACUCCUUUCCAACUGCACAAGACACUGGUGACCCAGAAUUCCCCUGUCACCCUGGCAACCUACCUGCCACACCCGAAGUCCCAGCAUUUCAAACGCCGUACGUGAACCGACUAGUCAGUACCAAAAAGAGCACACAGCAGCCUGAGCCAUCCAUUAUGCAAACGGAUAAUGACACCCAGACCUUCGAUCUUCCAACCCCACCUUGUAACAGGGCAGCUGGCUUCAAACGCACUUGGGAAUAUGAUGUGCCCGAUAUAUCCACCACAGGUUUAGAGGAAAAGCAGAUGCCAGUGAUGCCCAACCUAGAGUCUGCUUUGGGAAAUUCUUUACAAAGUAGCAACGGGAAAAUCCUGAAGUUCAGUGAGAAUGAAAAGGUGGCUAAGGAGCCCACUGUCAACAGCCUGGAGUUGGAUGGACUCACCCAGGAGUUCAGCUUGGGGACACCUCGUAUAAGAGCACACUACCAAGAGCCAACCACCCCGGAGAUGCCAGACCUGAGCUCUGUCACACAGGACAUCUGUAAACUUGUGUCCCAGGCUCAGUUGAAGAAGACAACCAUGACAAAUGAACACCCACCUGUCAAGCCUGACAAAAAGAAACACAGAUCUGCAAGUCUGUCUGAAGUGUCAGAGAACGAGUUCCAGAGUUUACCGAGCUACCUGAGACAGAUGAGCCUGAACAGCCUCAACCAAACAGUUCACAACAUCAACAAUUUCAUGGCAGAGUAUCAAGGAGAAACAACAGAGUUUCAGAUGGAGAAGCUGAAGAAGAUCAUCAGUGUCGGAACCAAGGCUCCUGUAUACAUCCUCUGUCUCACAGAGCUCAAGAGGCUGAAGCAUGUGAGAGGAGACCGGAACACCUCUGUGUACAGACUGAUCACACACAUCUAAAGGUUGUCCAUCCUUUGGCGCAAAUCUAAUUUGGACUCAUGAAAGCUACAGAGAUGUUAAGCACUUAAGCUGCAGGCAAAGAUUAUCUAUCAAGUCAAACAGCAAAGAAAAACAUACAUUAUGAGAAGAGUCCCAACAAAUGAACUCAAUCAGAGAAAGCAGCUAUCCUUUAUAUUGUAUAUGGUUUUUGUUUUGAUUGUAAAUAGUACAUGGACCUGUGAGUCAAUAAUUUGCAUUUCCAUGGUUGUAUGCAAUAAUAUGGAAACUGGCUGUUUAGACAAGUAGUACAGAUUCGUAUAAUACAUAAAGAUAUAUAUUUAGACAAUGUUAGAUUAAAGACUUUUAUCAGCAGCAAGCUCAGUCUUCUGCAGCGGGAGUAUAACACAUGACUUGCAGUGACCAAUGGGUGUUAAUAAUUCAGCCACAUGAAUAUGUAUUGUCAAACUAUAGAUGGUUUAUCCAUUUAUCACAGCUCACUUUUAAUUGUGCUUACCCAUUUGUAUAAAGUUAAAUAAAAUAGCAAAUGAGACUGUUAAUCAGAAAAUCCUGAACUUUUAUUGCUCAUUGCUGUGAUGUGUUACAUGUGACUACUACUAUCUUGAUCUUUAACAAAUUGGUAAUUGGCUUUUCAAAUAUAACUAGUGAGUUUUAUCUUUGUGCAGUCUAAACACACUUGUAUUGAAAUAAGCCUCUGUAUCACAGUUGUGUGCUGUGGAUGAAAGGCAAGUACUGUACUCCAGUUUCAGAGCUGAUUAACGCAGAGGGAUCUAAUAAGCUACAGGUAUAUUGCAUCUGCUUUGUACUGUCUGUGGUUGUUUCCAGUUGUUGUUGUUUGGGUUUUCCUUCUCGAAAAUUAAAAAAGAGAAAAUUAA